AUGUUACUUUUGCUCAUUGCAAACCUGAUUAUUCUUCCGGUUGCUAUUUCAUUUUUUAACGAAGAGCUGACGAUACACUGGAUUGCCUUUAACUGUAUUUCCGAUACAGUGUUUUUGGUGGAUAUUGGAGUCAAUUUCAGGACAGGAAUAAUAAAAAACAACUUCGCAGAUGAAAUUGUGCUUAAUCCCAAAGAAAUUGCCCGACAUUAUGUGAAAACUUGGUUCCUCCUGGAUCUGCUGAGUUCCCUACCUCUGGACUACAUAUAUCUGAUUUUUCACGAAAAUGAGAAUUUCUCACACAUUGUACAGGC